AUGGUGAGCCUCAAAGCCGCUGACGGCCUCCCGAGGGACGACCUUGUGCGUAUAGCCAUCGAUCGUGGGGGUACUUUUACAGAUGCCAUCUGCUCACGUCCCAGUGAAGAUGAUAUCGUAGUCAAACUUCUCUCUGUAGAUCCCAACAACUACGAAGAUGCCCCCACAGAAGCGAUUAGACGUAUUUUAUCUCAACUUCAGCCCGACCGAAAACCCGUUCCCAAACAUCAGCCCCUUUCUUUGGACAAGAUUGAAUCCAUACGUAUGGGCACGACUGUAUCCACCAACGCUCUCCUUGAGAGACAGGGGGAGAAAUGCGCUUUGGUGACUAGCAAAGGAUGGGGAGACGUCCUUUUGAUCGGCAUGCAAGCAAGACCCGACAUCUUCGAUUUGAGUAUUCGAAAGCUGGCUUUUCUGUAUGAUGAAGUGGUAGAGAUUAAAGAACGUAUCACCCCGGUUCAGUCACUCGUCUGUCCCGACGUACCAAUCCCCAAGUCCGACAAAAACGUCAUAACUAACACCACCACAUCUGAACCUAUCCGUAUACUUCAUCGACCAGAUCCCAAGGAGGUGCACGAGAAAUUAGAUGCGUUGUGGAGCAAAGGUAUCAAAAGCAUUGCUAUCGCCUUUGUUCACAGUUACCUGUGGAACGACCAUGAACAGUUGGUAGCAGAAAUUGCAGAGAAGAAAGGCUUCCAAGUGAGCGUCAGUAGCCAGCUUCAACCAAUGAUCAAACUGGUGUCAAGAGCAAACUCUUCCAUCGCGGACGCUUACCUGACGCCAGUGACAAGAAGGUAUAUUGAGUCAUUUGCAGCCGGAUUUCAAGGAGGUCUGGAGGCGUUCGGGAAUAAACUUCUGUUUAUGCAAUCUGAUGGAGGUCUGUGUACUUGGAACCACUUCUCCGGGUUGCGUGCUAUUCUGAGUGGUCCUGCCGGUGGUGUCGUAGGUUACUCGAAGACAUGCUACGACGGCGACCUAGGGAGCCCGCUCAUUGCUGUGGAUAUGGGGGGCACUAGUACCGACGUAUCCAGAUACGCAGGUAAGUUGGAACAUGUGUUCGAGACCACUACCGCGGAAGUCAUCAUCCAAGCUCCUCAACUGGACAUAUCUACAGUCGCUGCGGGAGGUGGAAGUCGACUGUUCUACCGACAUGGAAUGUUCGUCGUUGGUCCGGAGUCUGCCACUGCGCAUCCGGGACCGGCAUGCUAUCGCAAGGGCGGACCCCUAGCGGUGACAGAUGCGAACUUGAUUCUCGGUCGUCUUUUACCAGAGCAUUUCCCAAAGAUCUUCGGACCGAACGAGAACGAGGCCUUGGAUAUCGAGGCCAGUCGGGUUCUAUUCGACCAGCUCACUCAGGAGAUAAACCAUGGUAAAGUCGAAAAAUUAUCCGUAGAACAAGUUGCAGCAGGCUUCUUGAGGGUGGCCAAUGAGACUAUGUGUCGGCCUAUACGGACACUUACUGAAGCACGAGGUUUCGAAUGCGCAUCUCAUCAUUUAGUGAUGUUCGGAGGAGCUGGUGGUCAACAUGGCUGUGCCAUCGCUACGACUCUUGGCAUUAGACGUCUCAUCAUUCCUCGACUUUCUUCCCUUCUUUCAGCAUAUGGUAUGGCUCUUGCCGACGUCGUUCGAGAGCUCUCCGAACCGGCCGCUUUCACAGUCAAGGAUAACAAAGACAACGCGGCAAUAUCAGAACGAAUGGAUGAUCUCGUACAAAAGGCAACGGGGGAAUUGCGUAAACAAGGGUUCACAGAUGAGAGAAUAGAAUGUGAAACAUAUCUCAACUGCAGGUAUCAUGGCUCGAGUACUCAGUUGAUGAUCGAACGACCGGCAGAUGGGAAUUACGAGCAGAAGUUUUACUCUGAACACAAACGGGAAUUCGGAUUCAACCUUUCCGGAAGGGAUGUGUUGGUGGAUGAUAUCAGGGUCAGAGCCGUGGGCAAAAGUUUGGGUGCGGAGACGAGGAGUCCUUAUAAGGAUUUGAAAGAAUGUGAGUUACGAGAAUGGACGGGACACGGGGAGAUGAAGAAGGUGUACUUUGAGCAAGGGGGAUGGAUGGAGAGUAGGAUAGUUCCACUUGCGAUGUUGAGUCCGGGGGAGCAAGUAAAAGGUCCGGCAAUAAUCUUUGAUAACACACAAACUAUCCUGGUGGAACCUACUCAUAUCGCCACAUCCCUCCCAGAACACAUUAUCAUCGAUCUGGUCGAAGAGAAAGUAGUGAGGCACAAAGUCGAAUUGGGUGAUUAUGAUCACGUCGACCCUGUCCAACUGUCCGUAUACGGUCACAGACUCAUGGGUAUAGCUGAGCAAAUGGGUGACAUACUGCGUAAAAUUUCAAUCUCUAUCAAUAUCAAAGAACGUUUGGAUUAUUCCUGCGCAAUCUUCUCCGCAGACGGGGGAUUAGUCGCUAAUGCCCCUCACAUUCCAUGUCAUUUAGGAGCUAUGAGCCAUGCUGUUCGUCAUCAGGCUAAAAUACAUGGUGAUACUUUGGAGGAAGGAGAUGUCUUAUUGUCGAAUCAUCCAGCCGCCGGAGGGAGUCAUCUGCCUGAUUUGACCGUGAUUAUGCCCGCUUUCCAUGCUGGUAAGAUCAUAUUUUGGACAGCAGCGAGAGCACAUCAUGCUGAUAUUGGCGGGAUCCGUGCGGGUUCCAUGCCACCUUUUUCCAAGGAAUUAUGGGAAGAAGGAGCCCAAACUAGAUCUUUCAAACUUGUCCGAAAGGGCGAAUUCGAUGAAGAGGGAUUGAAGAAGAUCAUGUGUGAUGAACCUGCUCGAUAUCCAGGAUGUUCAGGAACGAGAACAUGGUCUGACAACUUAUCCGACUUACAUGCCCAGGUAGCAGCCUGUCAUCGAGGUACAUUACUAAUUACCAACCUAGUCAACGAACAAUCUCUUGAGGUGGUACAAUAUUACAUGAACGCCAUCAUGCUCACUGCCGAACGUGCCGUACGGGAUCUAUUACGACAUGUUUCUAAGAAAUUCGGUGGGAAACCACUAGAAGCUGUGGAUUGGUUAGACGAUGGGACGAUGAUAGUUUUGAAAGUCACUAUCGAUGAAGAGAGUGGCAGUGCUGUGUUUGAUUUUACUGGGACAAGCGAGCAAGUGUAUGGGAAUCUCAAUACUCCCACCGCUAUACUUUACUCGGCAAUCAUUUACGUUCUCCGUUCAUUGAUAGUAUCCGAUCUUCCACUCAAUCAAGGUUGUCUUUGUCCCAUAACGGUGAUUGUCCCUCCUGAAUCCCUCCUUGCCCCAGGUGAAGAAGUAGCAGUAUGCGCCGGUAACGUCGAAUCGAGUCAAAGAGUCACAGACGUCAUUUUGAAAGCUUUUCAAGCGUGCGCCGCGAGUCAAGGUGGAUGUAAUAAUCUGACAUUCGGGGUUGGACCUACAGAAGUGGAUGGGAAGGUUGUUCCUGGUUUUGGAUAUUAUGAGACUAUUGCAGGUGGUGCAGGCGCGGGUCCAAAUUGGGAAGGUCAAUCAUGUGUUCAUGUACAUAUGACAAACACCGCCAUUGGUGAUGUCGAAAUUACUGAACGUAUUUAUCCCGUCAUCAUCAACCAAUUCUCUCGUCGACCCAAUACAGGUGGUGAAGGUAGAUAUAAAGGUGGAGAUGGUUGUAUAAGAGAUAUAACAUUUACGAAGAAAUUAGAUGUGGCUAUAUUAUCACAGAGAAGGGUAAUACCUCCUUAUGGUAUGGCUGGAGGGGAACCUGGUAAAGUAGGUGCGAAUUAUUGGUAUAGAUCAAGAAAGCAAAAAUGGACUAUCAUCAAUUUAGGUGGAAGUAAUCAAUGUAGUGUUAAUGAAGGAGAUAGAAUCAUUAUACAUACACCAGGUGGAGGAGGGUAUGGUGUACCAGGUACUAUCGAUGAUAGAUUAGACGAUGAGGUGUAUAAAAGAAGUAUAAUCCCUCCCGUCAGAGCUGGAGGUUCUUUGGCUACGUUACGGAUGGCAGCAUUGAGCAAUUGA